AUGCCUCUGCACAUGUUGGGAGAAGGGGGUAGUCGGGGUUCAACUCUGGAGGCCACCCUACUGAAAAUCCUUCACUCUGCAGGAGGAGGUGCCACACAGGUUAUUGGGAUGAGUGCCACAUUAAGCAACAUAGAGGACAUCACACAGUUCCUGAACGCUGAUAUCUACUCAAACAACUUUAGACCGGUUCAGCUGACUGAGUUUGUGAAGCUAACAGACAACAUCUACAAGGUAGAGCCAAAAGCCCUGGGAUCUGAUGACCAAAUUACGCAUGAUCGUGUAGUCAACUUUGAGUACAAGCCGGAGAUGGUGAAGGUAGAUCCGGACCAUCUACUGGGCCUUGUGUUAGAAGUUGUACCACAGAACUCCUGUCUACUAUUCUGUCCUACGAAGAAAAACUGUGAGAAUGUGGCCCUCAUGCUGUGUAAACUCAUGGCAAAAUAUAGAAGGGAGUUGACAGAAGUUCGUCGAGUUGAGCGAAAAGCUCUACUGAAGGAGCUUUACAGUGACUCUGAGGGUCGUAUGUGCCCUACCCUUCAGUACACAAUCCACUACGGAGUGGCUUACCAUCACAGCGGACUUACCACAGAUGAACGCAAGCUCAUAGAGGAGGCAUACAGCGAAGGGAUACUGUGCCUACUGGCGUGUACUUCUACACUGGCUGCAGGGGUCAAUCUGCCCGCAAAACGGGUGAUCCUGCGCAGUCCAUAUGUAGGCCAAUCUUUCCUGUCCCGCAGCCAGUACAAGCAGAUGGUAGGUAGGGCAGGAAGGGCCGGCAUUGAUAGCUCAGGGGAAAGCAUUCUGGUCUGUAAAGCGACUGACAAAAAUAAGGUUGUGGAUUUACUGUCCUGUCCAAUAGAGAAGUGUCAUAGCAGUCUUGUUUAUGAUGGUGGUCGAGGUAUACGAUCACUUCUCCUUUCUACCAUUGGGCUCAAGGUUACAACAACAACAGAAGACGUCUUUCGCUUCACAAACCGCUCUCUGGCUCAUAUACAACAAUCUGCACUGAAUGUUUCCAUGGCAACACUAUGCCAGGAGUCCCUACAGAAACUCAUCGAUUCUGGACUGGUUUUACAAACCAAGUCUCUGUCAGAGGAGCCAGAAAAGGGUGAAUCUGUGAUACACAGUCUAGAGGUCACACCACUUGGAAAGGCUACUUUCAAAGGCCCUAUAGAUCCUGACUUUGCUGGGCUGCUGUAUGCGGACCUUAAACAAGCAGAAGAGUCAAUAGUCCUGUCCACACAUCUACACUUACUGUACCUAGUCACUCCAUAUGAUGUUGUCACUACUAUGAACCCAUCAUGGCAUAUAUACUUCAACCAGUAUGGGACGUUUGACCAAUCGGAGCUGAAAGUUGCCAGUUUGAUAGGAGUCCCCGAGUCAUAUGUUGCUAAACGAGCAGCGAUGCAGAAGUCCAGACUGAAAGUGAAUGAAUUUGUUGUCAAGAGAUUCUACCUGACGUUGAUGUUGUACGACCUUUGGCGGGAAAAGUCUGUUUGGGAGGUGGCAGAAAAGUUUGAACAACCUAGGGGAUUUAUACAGAAUCUCCUGUCCGGGGCCGCUAGCUUUGCCAGCUGUGUGGCACAUUUCUGUCAGGAACUGAAAGAAUUCUGGGCGUACAAGGACUUGCUUGGAAACUUUGUACGACGCCUGUCAUACUGUGUCACAAUUGAGCUUAUUCCACUCAUGGAGAUCCCAGGGGUCAAACUGGGUAGAGCUAGGCUGAUGUUUGCUGCUGGAUACAAGACCCUGAGCUCAGUGGCUGCUGCCAAGCCUGAAGACCUGGUCAAAGCAGUGCAAUACAUGCCUCGCAAAGUGGCAAAACAGAUUGUGGCUUCUUCUCAGCUGGUGCUGAGUGAGAAGAAAGAUGCCAUGAUGGAGGAGGUUGAUGCGUUAGUUUCUGUGCCAAAGGGAGUGGAGCCCACAGGUACAAUGGCGACCAUUCCAACACCAGCCCCAGUCACCCCAGCACCUGACUCACAGGCUUCAGACAUUAAUGGAUAGAAUUAAGUAUUGAUUUAAAAGGUGGAAUAAGGCUUUCCAUUGUUUCUAUAUUUUUGAAAUUUUCCUCUCCUUUUUGCUGCAUUUUUGAAAGGCCUCUCACUAUUUUUUCUCAUCUGUUGUCAAAACCUAUUAUUCCAACUUUUUAAUGAAAAAAACUUGUUGAUAGAUCAGUUUUCUCUUUAUUUGUUAACUUUGUUGACCAAUUACCUUGUGAAGCAAAAAUGUUGUGUUUGAGUUAAUCUAAAGUAGCCUGACUUAAAUAUAAAUUUUCAAUAACUUUAGACUGAAUACAGAGCUUAUUUUAUUCCAGUUUUAUUAGAAAUAGGUCUAAGACAUUGAAAAUGCAUAUAAAAACGGAAAUUUGAAAAAAAAAAAUGACUUUUUAAGCUGUUGUUAAAAUCGUUAUUUUCCUACUAUUUUGUUGUGAAAAUUACCACUUUCUCCUACUUUAAUGUCAAAAGUAACUUCUAGUUUUUCCCCUUUUGUUUUAUGGGAUAGUUGUGGAAAGCCCGUGGAAGCCUUGGUACCAAUUCUGACCCUAGUUCCCUGGGGUCGUAUUCACUAACAUCUUGAUUCUGAGUUUUAGACUGAAACUCAGAAAGCUGAUUUCUUUAAUGGUUUCAAAUUUCUAUCAUACAAUGAGCCUGAGUCUCAAACUUAGACUCAGGAUGUUAGUAAUACGGGCCCUGAAGUUACACUGACACAGCUCUGACUUAUCAUUGGAAAGAGUUAUUCCUUUAUUGUUUUAAGUUAUGAACUGCAGUUGCCAAUGAUGAUUGGCAAUGAUGACAAAUGCUAUGAUUAUAGAACUGUGACAGUUCUUUAAUUGAUUCUAUGUAUACAUAUAGUUGUAACUAAGCAAUAUCUACUUAAAGAAAUAAUGUAAUAUUUAAUGUUAUGUAUUUCUGAAGCAUUUUGAUGAUGUAUUUCUUUGUUGUUUAUGCUCUGUACUGAGAUUUGAUGUUAAAGAUGCAGGCUUACUCCCAAAUAAAAUUUACCACAAUUUAUACAAAUGGUUUUAUAUACCAAAAAGGAUGAAUAAAUGCCGAAAACAAUGAUUCUUAUGAAGGAUACCAAGUUUAAUUUGAAAGAAAAGUGCAGAAAACAUUCACCAAUCAUUUAAUAUUUUUGCGUUUCAGCUAUUAAAUACACGGUUACAAUCUUUUUAUCAGUAUUUAAUAUUUUCCAUAAAUGCAUUAUUUAGUAAGUAGUUAAAGGUUUAUCACUCAAAAUGAAUGUUUGUUAUACAUGUGUAUGUAUUGAUUUUAAAUACAAGUGCCACUUUAAAUAUUCAAAUAAUGAAAUAUGAUACAAUUUGUUGCAGUAUUUUCUGUCGUAUCUGAAACUAAUAUAAAUAUAUUCCCAGGUUGUUUAUGUGUACACAUCAUGACAUGGGGUCAUUUUACAGAAUAAUCUUUUUAAGCAUACUUAUUAAAAUAUCUAAUACUUUACUAAAUUGUUAUUUUUUUUAGAUAUUUCUAUAAAAUAUUGUGUUUUGCAAGUGCAUCCUAUUUGCAUAUGAUUAUUGGUACAUACUUAUCAUAGUGUCUCACAAAAAUGUGAAUUAUUUAUAUAGCAGUAUAAAUUAAAUAAUUCUUGAUGUAGAAAAAAUGUUGUAUUGUGUUUUCAUUCUUAAAAACUUUCCACAUUUUAAUGGCAGAAAAUACAUUAAACAUACGACUUCCUACCAGUUGAAUAAAAAGUUAAGAAAAUAGUAGAAUUUAAGGAAAAUGUACAUUGCUUCUGUAACAAGAUCUAUGUCACUCAUUUCAAUAUGUUUAAGUUGUCCAAGUAAGGAAAAGUUUUGCUAUGAACUUUUUGGAGAAU